CCUCAGCCUUCUCCACGGCCUGGUGGCAAUGCCAUUACAGGGAGUGCAUUGAUUUCCUGCGUUGGUUUUGUCUCCAAGCAGGCAUUGCAAGUACUCAAAAGAUGGACCCAUUAGUAUCAAUUGAGGAUCAAUUUGUCAAGCUACAUCCAUGCCUGCCUGUGAACACAAGAAUUGGAAUAGUAGGAGGUGGUCCAAGUGGCAUAUCUGCUGCUUAUGCAUUGGCAAAGCUUGGUUAUCAGAAUGUCACAGUGUUAGAGAAGCAUCACACUGUGGGUGGCAUGUGUGAAUCAGUAGACAUUGAAGGAAGGAUUUAUGAUCUUGGUGGUCAGGUUUUGGCUAAGAACAGUGCACCUGUCAUUUUUCACUUGGCAAAAGAAGUUGGAUCAGAAUUAGAAGAAAUGGAUUCCCAUAAGCUUGCUCAUAUUGACAGCUCUACAGGGAAGUAUCAGGACAUUAAAGUUGCAGAUGAUUAUGUAGCUGUGAUGUCACUGACCUUAGAACUGCAGGAUAAGGCAAAGGAUUCUGGUCGAAUUGGAGUCCAUGCUGUGAGUGAAUUAGCUGCAGACUUGACUCCUACGUAUCUCGAGAGUCGUGGAUUCAAAUCUGUUCCCAAAUCUGUGGCUUAUGGAUAUACUGCUUCUGGUUAUGGAUUUGUUCAAGACAUGCCUUAUGCAUACAUUCAUGAGUUCACCCGGACUUCCAUGGCUGGAAAGAUUCGGCGUUUCAAAGGUGGAUACACUAGUCUUUGGCAGAAGAUCAGUGAAUCACUUCCAAUUGAGGUUAAUUGCAAAACUGAUGUGCUGGCCAUCAGGCGCAAUUCCGACAGUGUUAGAGUUGAUGUUAAAAGAAACAAUGGGGAAAUUCAAGAAAUGGAGUUUGAUAAGAUAAUUAUCUCUGGUUCAUUUCCUUUCACAAAUGGAAAUACUUAUAGAUUUCCAGCAGAAAAAUCUACAGAAUCUGAGACUGAAGUGAUGGAUCUCAGUGAAGUCGAAAGAUAUUUCUUCAGAAAAGUUCAGACAAUCGACUACUACACCACUGUUUUAAAGAUCAAAGGGCUAGAAGACAUGCCAGUUGGAUUUUAUUACUUUGGUGAAUAUAUGGAAGAUCCUGCAACAAUUGGACAUCCCGUUGCGAUGCAGAAAUUCUAUGCUGACACUGACAUUUUCUUAUUUUGGUCCUAUGGGAACUCUUUCGAUAUAAAGGGACCAACAGUCGCUGAGCUUGCCAAGAAGGUAGUCAUGUCCAUGGGGGCAAAAGUUGAGGAAGAAGUUCUCCAGAGAAGAUUCAAGUACUUCCCCCAUGUUGGUAGCCAAGAAAUGAAGGAUGGAUUCUAUGACAAACUGGAGUCUGAACUUCAAGGCCAGAGGAACACUUACUACGUUGGUGGGCUCAUGGCAUUUGAACUCACGGAGAGAAAUUCAUCUUAUGCCAUGGAUCUUAUAUGCAAGCAUUUUGCAAAUAACAACUCGGUACCUAUGUUUCCAUAUGUUAAGAGUUUGUUUUCUUUGAAAUCGGAUUGCUGGGAUAGAAAUCCAAAAGAACUAGGUGAAGGAGUGGAGUUUCCUGAUCUUUCUACACUUGAUGGUUACUUGAAACACUGGGGAACUGAAAGUAUGACGAAGGACAAAACACUCUAUACCUGGAUUGGCGAAGAUGGGGCUGUAGUAUGUCAAAGAACUUAUGCAGAACUUCAUGCGAAAGCUUCCUGCAUUGCUCGUAAACUCUUGACCAGCCGAAAACCAGUUAUCAAGCCCGGUGACCGGGUCCUCUUAGUCUAUGUACCAGGACUGGACUUUAUUGAUGCCUUUUUUGGGUGCUUAAGAGCCAAGGUCCUACCAGUCCCAGUCCUCCCACCAGAUCCUCUGCAAAGAGGUGGGCAGGCACUGUUGAAGAUUGAAAGCAUUGCUAAAUCUUGCAAUGCAGUUGCAAUUCUGUCAACCCUUCUUUAUCACUCAGCAGUUCGGGCAGGUUCUGUGAAGAAUCUAAUCUCAUUAGCAGGGAAAAAUGGGAAAUGGCCGAACCUUCCAUGGAUGCAUACAGAUUCUUGGCUCAAGGACUCCAAAGUCCUGGCUCCAGGAAACAUAGCAUAUGAAUCUGAAUGUCAGCCGGAUGAUUUGUGUUUUCUGCAGUUCACUUCAGGGUCAACUGGUGAUGCUAAAGGUGUAAUGAUAACUCAUGGUGGUCUUAUUCACAAUGUGAAGUUGAUGAAGAGGAUAUAUAAGAGCACCUCAAAGACAGUACUAGUCAGCUGGCUUCCGCAAUACCAUGACAUGGGGCUAAUUGGUGGACUUUUUACUGCUCUAGUUAGUGGUGGAUCAGCAAUUUUGUUUUCUCCAAUGACUUUUAUCAAGAACCCUCUUCUAUGGCUUCAGAUCAUGAGCAAAUACCACGCUACUCAUAGUGCCGGUCCCAACUUCGCCUUUGAACUGCUAAUCCGAAGAUUGGAGUAUGCUGACAAGGAUAAGGUUCGAAACUUUGACCUCUCUUCUUUGAUUUUCCUCAUGGUUGCUGCUGAACCAGUGAGGCAGAGAACUUUGAAAAGAUUUGUUGAGCUCACUAGGCCUUUUGGUCUUUCGCAAGAAGUAAUGGCUCCUGGUUAUGGAUUGGCCGAGAAUUGUGUGUUCGUCAGCUGUGCAUAUGGAGAAGGUAAGCCCAUAUUGGUAGACUGGCAAGGAAGAGUCUGUUGCGGGUAUGUGGAACCAAAUAGUGAAGAUAUUGACAUCCGAGUAGUCGAUCCAGAGUCCAAUGAGGAGCUGAAAGAAUCUGGAAAGGAAGGAGAGAUAUGGAUUAGUAGUCCGAGUGCUGGAAUUGGGUACUGGGGAAGGGAGGAACUUAGCCAAAGUACUUUCAGAAAUGUGCUUCAAAAUCAUCCAGGAAGAAAAUAUACAAGAACCGGAGACUUGGGACGGAUUAUUGAUGGAAAGGUGUUCAUCACGGGAAGAAUCAAGGAUCUGAUUAUAGUAGCCGGAAGGAAUAUUUACUCUACAGAUGUAGAAAAAACAGUUGAGAGUGCAUCCGAACUUCUACGCCCAGGUUGCUGUGCUGUCAUUGGUGUUCCUGAGGAAGUCUUGUCAUCAAAAGGGAUUUCACUUCCUGAUUGUUCUGACCAGGUUGGCUUGGUUGUAAUUGCCGAGGUUAGAGAUGCUAAGCAUGUUGAUAAGGAUGUGGUGGAGAACAUAAAGACUCGUGUCGCAGAAGAACAUGGCGUGACUGUGGCUUCUAUCAAGCUGAUCAAGCCCAGGACUAUCAGCAAAACAACAUCAGGUAAAAUCAAGAGGUUCGAAUGCCUCAAACAUUUUACUGAUGGAACUCUAAACACAGUGCCAGACCCAUUUUUCGCAAAACGAAAAUUGCUUCGUUCAUUCACCACCGGGACAUCUAAAGAGGGAUUAACUCCUCGAUCUCGGUUUGCAACAUCUCCUUUACCAACCGCCAAAUUCAGCAAAAAAGAAAUAGUAGAAUUUCUGAAGGGGCUUGUUUCUGAGCAAACAGGAAUUCCUAUCAAGAAUAUCUCUGCCACCGAGAGUCUUGUAUCGUAUGGAAUUGACUCGAUAGGUGUGGUCAGAGCGGCUCAAAAACUUUCAGAUUUCCUCGGUGUGCCAGUUGGUGCAGUCGAUAUCUUCACUGCCACCUGCAUUGCAGACUUGGCAAGCUUCGCAGAGAAUCUUGCGAUGAAGUCUCAACCUCAGCUCAUGAACUCUCAAUCCUAUCAACCAGAACCUGAUAUUGAUUCUGCUGAGUUUGACACAGAAGUUUCCACGACUCGCCUAAUCAGUGUCUGGUUUUUCCAACUUCUUGCCCUUGUUUAUGUCUGUGCCAUGCUGAGCUUUCCUGCUUAUUUUUCAGUUUCGGCUUUCACAAGUUUGCUUUCAGCAAGUCAUAUGCUAAAUGAGGAAUUUCCCUGGUGGAAUUACUUGAUUCCCUUGGCAUUGGCUCCUCUUGCUUGGAUCCUUGGCAUCAUUUCUACUUGUAUUAGCAUUGCUUUCUUGGGGAAUUCUUUCUUGAAACCUAACUAUGCCCUGACCCCUGAAGUAUCUAUCUGGUCUAUUCACUUUGUCAAGUGGUGGGCACUGUACAAGGCCCAAGAAAUCUCUUCAAAAGUUUUUGCAGAGCAUUUGAGAGGAACUGUGUUCCUUAAUUAUUGGUUUGAGAUGCUCGGCGCUAAGAUCGGAUCUUCAGUUUUGCUUGAUACAGUUGACAUUACAGAUCCAUCUCUAGUUUCAAUUGGAGAUGGAGCUGUAAUUGCGGAAGGGGCGUUGCUUCAAAGCCAUGAGGUAAAGAAUGGAAUCUUGAGCUUCCAAGCCAUUAGAAUCGGCCGAAAUUCUUCAGUUGGUCCUUACGCUGUAAUCCAGAAAGGAAGUACAUUGGGAGAAGAAGCAGAUGUGCAGCCCUUGCAGAAGACAGAAGGUGGAAAAGCUGUACUCAAAUCUAGCAAGGCUCACAAUGUUCAGAAGGGUGCAAUGCUGUCUGAUAAGGCCACCUACCACUUCAUGGGCAUCUACAUGGUUGGUCUCCUCAGCACUCUCUCAGCAGCCAUUAUCUACUUCCUUUACAUUUGGCUAUCUCAAAAGCCUGCCUCCAUUCAACACUUCUCAUUUCUCUGCAUCUCUGGAGCCUUUCACUGGACUCCAUUCACCAUCAUUGCUUAUGCUACAAUGAUUGCUAAUGUCCCAUCAAACCCAGCCACCUUUGCAAUCUCAGUUGCUAUUGUUUACUUGGCUCAUGGCCUGAUACUCAGCCUCCUCACAUGCACUCUGACCCAUUUUCUUGCUGAAAAACAAGAGAAAAGGGAAUCCCACAUGAAAGCCUGGCUCCGGCAUAGAAUUACCAUUGCCUGCCACCUUAGAUUUGCCAAACUCCUGUCAGGAACAGAAGCAUUCUGCAUUUAUUUGCGCCUUUUGGGUGCAAGUGUAGGUCAGCAUUGUUCCAUCAGGGCUGUCAAUCCUGUAUCAGACCCAGAGCUCAUUACAAUUGGUGAUGGUGUGCACCUUGGUGACUUCAGUCGGAUGAUUGCUGGCUUCUAUUCAUCCAGUGGGUUUACUCAAGGAAAAAUUGAAGUGCAGGACAAUUCGGUUGUCGGGAGUCAAAGCCUCAUCCUCCCUGGUUCGGUUGUUCAAAAGGAUGUUAUUCUUGGAGCUCUUUCAGUGGCUCCUGCAAAUUCAGUUCUUCGACAAGGCGGCGUCUAUAUUGGAUCUCAAACUCCAGUUAUGAUCAAGAACACCAUGCAUGCCUUGGAUGACAGGAUAGAAGAGAUGGACUACAAAUACAAGAAGAUAGUUGGCAAUUUAGCUGCAACUUUGGCUGCCAAUACUCUGAAGGUUAAAGCAAGGUAUUUCCAUCGAAUUGGUGUUAGUGGGAAGGGAUACCUGAAGAUUUAUGACAACCUGAAAGGAUUUCCAGACCACAAGAUAUUCCAGGCUGGGAAGAGCUAUCCUAUUGUAGUCAGGCAUAGCAACGGCAUGAGUGCUGAUGAUGAUGCAAGAAUCGAUCUACGUGGAGCAGCGAUAAGAAUACUUUCAGAUGACAAUGGAAGCAACUCUUCUUCGCUUCUUGAUCUAACAUUGAAGACAGGUAAGGCAUUAUCUGCACGUACUAUUGGUGAUUUUGCAACAUGGUUAGUUUGUGGACUUCCUGCAAGGGAGCAGCAUGUGAAGCGAGCCCCACAUAUCCGUGAUGCAGUUUGGAUGUCUCUUCGCAAUGCGAAUUCUUUUGCUGAGCUACACUACUACUCAAAUAUCUGCAGGCUCUUCAGGUUUUCGGACGGACAGGAAAUGUAUGUGAAAUUCAAAUUGCGGCCUGGUGACGAAAACAUAAGUGAGGAUUCAGGUAAAGUUGAGCCUAUGGGCAUUCUCCCACCAGAAACAGGUGCAAUUCCACGGGAUGAAAAGGAUACUCGUCCCUUACUUUUCCUAGCCGAAGAUUUCCAAAGCCGUGUAAGUUCUCCAGGAGGCGUUCGCUACAUUUUCCAGCUGCAAAUCCGACCUGUUCCACAUGAUGAUGCCACUUGUGACGUUGCACUUGACUGCACCAAACCAUGGGAUGAGUCUGAAUUCCCUUACAUUGAUAUAGGGGAAGUUCACAUUGAUCAAAAUCUCACCGGUGCAGAAUCAGAAGCACUACAGUUUAAUCCUUAUAUUCGAUGCCAUGAGGUGGAUGUGAUCCGGGCCACUUCAUCCUCGCAAAGUGCUUCAAUUGAUCAUGGUCGUUCAUUGAUCUAUGAAAUUUGUCAGCAUUUGAGGAAUGGAGAACCACUUCCAGAAGCUUGGAGGAUCUUCAUAGAACAAAGUGAUGUUAAAGUGGACCUUUCAGGCUGUCCAAUGGCAGCAGCAUUGGAGAAAAAGGACUCGGGAAAAGUUACACUAGCAAGGACAUGGUAUCAGACCUUAUGGGUCAUUUUUGCUCAACCAUUGCUGCAAACAUUUCUUCCAUAUUUCCUGAUGGGGUUGCUCAUCUUUGCUCCACUGAACUGGAUUCUUCACUUGAAGGAAAGCAAGAAAGUCGCAAUGCAUUGGUUGCUUCCUUUGGUUUGGGUUUCUUCAGGAGUUCUAGCAGCAUUAGCAUGUGUUGUGGCCAAGUGGAUUCUUGUGGGGAAAAAGAAAGAAGGCCAAACAGUACACAUUUGGAGCAUAGGAGUCUUCAUGGACACUGUGUGGCAAGCUUUCAGAACUGUAGUAGGGGACUACUUCAUGGAAAUGACUAGAGGGUCUAUCUUAUUUUUGCUAUGGCUAAAGCUCAUGGGUUCAGACAUUGAUUUGGACCAAGGAGCCUACGUAGAUAGCAUGGGAGCAGCAUUGAAUCCAGAAAUGGUGGAGAUUGAGAGAGGUGGUUGUGUAGGAAGAGAAGCUUUACUGUUUGGACAUAUAUAUGAAGGUGAAGGAGGGAAAGUUAAGUUUGGCAGGAUAAGAGUUGGAGAAGGUGGAUUUGUAGGGAGUAGAGCAAUUGCCAUGCCUGGUGUUAGAAUAGAAAUAGGAGGCAAUCUUAGUGCUCUUUCUCUUGCCAUGAAAGAAGAAAUUGUUAGGUCUAUGUGAAUUAAUGGUACUCACAACCUUUAAUUAACCGAGUCAAACCCCAAGUAUGUUUUUAUUGUUUAAAGUUAAACCUUGCUUUGAGUUGUUUGUUGAUUUUCCUUAAUACAUAGAUGAAGUUAGUUGUAUUGGUUUUGAUGAAAUAAAGUGUUUUUGAAAUUUGUCAAA